AUGACUACGCACAAUGUAGUGCCAAGACUCGAAGAUUCUCAAGUCUACAGCUACCAGCCGUAUGACGAGGAAGAGGAGUGGGCACUUGAUGACGCUCAAGAGAGGCUACGCGCGCAUUAUAGUAGUAAUAUCGGCCAGCAGCAAUACCAUGACCUCGGCACGCUGGGAAUCGGGAAUCCUGGAUCCUCUCUUCCAGCUACGCCGGUUUCUCUUCCUUAUCCAAUUAUCAUCCCCCAACGGCGGCCCGGACAACGUGCCCGCGGGUUCAUCAGAGCCUACGCGCCCGAUUUAAUGGGAUGUGGCAUUGACCAGCCUACAUUUAUGAGGUUUCUUGACGAACUUGAUAAGGCAACGGCGUCUUCUCCGUUAGUAGGCGCUAUCAACCUUGCUUCAAACAUGGCCGGUUUUAUUCCAUCCGCCAUAGGAUCUACGGUUGGACUAGCUGUCCAGAUAACAGCCGGAGUAUACCAGGAGAUGCGGAGUCGUAAGAACUUACCGUAUGGUUAUAGCCAAAACGCAUUUCUCUUAAAGAUGAAUGACGAGCUUUUCCGACCGCGCGGCCUGUACUGCUUCAUCAUGGCAUACAGCCCGGAAUCCAAUAACACUCUAAUACAGCAAGAUCUCAAUGCCGGAACUAGUAACCGGGAAAAUUCUCACAGUGAGUUUCGAAGUAAUGAUGGGAUAACGGGUCCGAUUGAGUUCCCGGCCUCCGCAGAAUUGGUCUUCCCUGAUUUGGAGGACACCUCUAGCGACGAGGAAGGGGAUGAAAGCGGUACGAAGAGCGGGUUUUCAAAUUCGUUUGAUGGUUUCAACGAGCGCAAAGAUCUUAAGGCUCAAAGAAAAUAUCUGAGAAAGAACCCCACCAGUGCCCUCAAUCCUCUGAUGGAUCCAAAGGUUGAACUUACGCCAAAAGACCAUAAGAAACAGCAGCGUAGGCUCGAGAAAGACGAGCGCAAGCGCGAGAAGCACGAACGAAAGCGAGAAAAACGGGCGCGUAAGCACCCCGAAAGAGCCGAGAAGGGACCACGCAAGCGAUUGCUACGAAAGGAUAUCUUAUAUAUGAUGAUAAUCAAUAUGCCAUCUAUUCAGGAGAUGGAGGAUGCGACUAGGCUGGCUGAGAACCCACCUAGAUAG